UUAUUGGUCGCACUGAACGGAGAUUACGUUGCUUUGAAUUGACACCCCGACACUAGCUACGUGCGCCGAUUGAAUUUCGCGGACUUUCGAGACGGCCGGAUGUCCGCUCCAGUUCCUUUUUCCACGUCUGAUAACGUGAAAUCAACGCUCAAUGUAAUCCUCGUGGACACUCCGCGAAGAAUCGACCUUUUGUGACGGCCUGGCCAAGUUUCCACCUAUUGUGCCAUCCGCGUUAUUUGCUUACACGCAAGUGAACAAUACCGAAGCAACGCCACCGGCGUGAAAAGAAAAAUGGAGACGUUUGCAGGAAGAAGAAAACAACGCGUCGGCUCUCUUUUUUUCAACGCCAUCUGUCCAGUUUACGAUAAACGAGACACCGCUAACUAAGGCAGCGCCUAGCCGCGAUAUAACCAAACUAUACGAUGGGUUAAAGUUCGAAUGGAGUUUGAACCGAGAGCAUGAUAAUGUGAAUACCUGAUUUGCUUUUAAUGUAAAUUAGGAGAGAUUAGAGGAGACUCAAUUGGAGUUUCGUAGACGGUAGUAGAUGGUAGUUUAUAGCGUGCGAAGGAUUAAAUUGUUAUAUAGAUUUUGAAAUCUCUGUAUGUAUGUAUAUAUAAGAUGGAACAGAUAAUGCGAGCAAGUGUGAAAAGGGGAUAUCGUAAACCUCGAAUUUAAGUUAAAUUAGGAUAGGUCAAAGAGUAGAGAAGUGUAUUAAGGUAAUAUGCUAUAAUUGAUAUAACAUGAUUAGUAUUUCGGCUAAAAAGAUUAGAUUAUUAUAUGAGUAUCGAAAUUUGUGUAUGUAUACAGGAUGGAAUUGAUAAUGUAAAGAAAGGUAAACAAGAAGUAUUGUAAACCUCGAAUUUAAGUUAAAAAUACUUUUUAAAUGGUUUGAUGAAUCGGUAAACAUGACAGGAACGUCGUUGGAGAAAUGUCACAUAACAAAGGUUAGAAGAAGCACAACUGACGACCUUGUCGAACGAAACUAACAAUAUGCUGCCAAAUUUCGGUUAAAUCUCGCAUGCAAAACAAAGCAAAUCCGACGCGUAAUGGAUCACCGUAAGCAUUUUACAUGCUCGCACAGAAACAACAAUGGGGCAAACGGUAGGACGUAUGCCUCACUCAUGGAUCGAUUUAUUGGAGGAAAAGGAUCGUGUUUUGUAUUGGAGUGGCGAGGUGCUAUCGAGAGUAGCCGACAACGUAAAUCAAGAAGAAUCGUUUCUGAUCGACUACGGUAAUGAGAGCAUCGACAAAAAGGUAGACUCGUGGAUGGAAUCGAAUCAAGCGCGGAUCGACAGGAUUUUCAGUAAACACCCAGAUUUGCCGGAAGCGUAUAAAAUAAAAGUAGCGAACGAACUCGAGCAAAUAACGGAAGAGUUGACGAUGCAAAUGAGAAACGACUAUUACCACGGCUACAAGGACACUGUGAAGUUUACGAAGAAAGUAGAUUUGCUAGGAGAAAGACAACGUAGGAUACAUGCGAAGAUUCAGAACCUCGAGAACACUUGCCACGGGAGCGUGAAAGAAUUUCGAAGAAAAUUCGGCCCGCUCCGAGCGAAGACGUUCAAAAACCUUAGAAUAGGGGAAAAGAUGAUAUUCCAAGACAAGAAACUGAAGUCACAGUUCGCUAAACGGGUGCACGAUAUCGAUCAUAAGAACGUGGAAGAGUGUGCCAAAUGUAUCGAUAAAUUAAUAAAGAUCAUUGAAAAAGCGGCGCUUACACAACAAUGAAAUGUUAAUAAUAAAACGGUAAAUAAACGAUAGCAAAAAUACGGAUUAAUUUAGCGGACUUAGGUAUAAGAUAACAUUGUAAAAAUAAAGAAAUCGGGACAAAUAAAUGUAAAACGAACAAAAUGAAGACAAAUAAAUGUAAAAC